CAGCACCACAGCCGUGGCACACUUUCUUGACCCCAGUAGCUCCAAUCUAUGAUCAGGAGGCGCAAUUUAAGCAUCAACGCGACUCGGCUUGUUCAUGCCAAUCAUCACUUGGCAUGUGGAGAAUGUUCCUCGGAAGAUUCUGUGCUUCGUUCGCCUCGAGCUGUUGGUACUGUUCCUACGGGCAGCUUCAAAUGCUGCCAGCUCAACAGCAAUUGGCUAGCCCCUGGCCCUCUCUGCCCUGGGGAAACCGGCCUGACUCCUUCGAGCCCACCCCAUUGGACCCGUCACCAAUACUGACCUUCCUCUAUCGGCCAGUCCGCUACUCUGUGGUUUCCGCACCGAGCGACGUGGUAUUGUGGUCGCCUGCCAAGUCCGAUCGACGUUGAUGAGGGUCUGUGAUAAACAUGAUGCGAUAUGGCACAAUCGGACGGGCUCGCAAUAUGCUUACACUUCCGAUAAGGAAUAGUCUCCCGCCCCAAUCCUGCUGCUGGGG